GAGAUGUUAAUCUCUGUGGCUCUAGGCCAGGUGUUGUCCCUCCUUAUUUGUGGAAUUGGCUUGACCAGCAAGUACUUGUCCGAAGAUUUCCAUGCCAACACACCAGUCUUCCAGAGUUUCCUCAAUUACAUUCUUCUCUUCCUGGUCUAUACCACCACGCUGGCUGUCAGACAAGGAGAAGAAAACCUCCUGGCAAUUUUACGACGAAGAUGGUGGAAAUAUAUGAUGCUGGGACUCAUCGACCUGGAGGCGAAUUACCUGGUGGUCAAGGCCUACCAGUACACGACUCUGACCAGUAUCCAGCUCCUGGACUGUUUCGUGAUCCCGGUGGUGAUUUUACUCUCCUGGUUCUUCCUGCUGAUCCGGUACAAGGCUGUACAUUUCAUCGGCAUCGUGGUCUGCAUCCUGGGGAUGGGCUGCAUGGUGGGAGCAGACGUGCUUGUGGGAAGGCAUCAGGGAGCAGGGGAAAAUAAGCUGGUAGGGGACCUUCUGGUCUUAGCAGGAGCCACACUCUAUGGUAUCUCUAACGUCUGGGAAGAGUACAUCAUCCGAACCCUGAGCCGAGUGGAAUUCCUGGGCAUGAUCGGACUCUUCGGGGCAUUUUUCAGUGGAAUUCAAUUAGCUAUAAUGGAGCACAAGGAGCUGUUAAAGGUGCCCUGGGAUUGGCAAAUAGGCCUGCUCUACGUUGGCUUCAGUGCCUGCAUGUUUGGCCUCUACAGCUUCAUGCCGAUCGUCAUAAAGAAAACCAGCGCCACUUCGGUCAACCUCUCCCUGCUCACAGCAGAUUUGUACAGCCUGUUCUGUGGAUUGUUUCUCUUCAACUACAAGUUUUCAGGACUUUAUCUCCUGUCCUUCUUCACCAUCCUCAUCGGGCUGGUGCUCUACUCCUCCACCUCCACGUACAUAGCCCAGGACCCCCGGGUGUACAAGCAGUUCCGCAAUCCUUCGGGACCUGUCGUGGACUUACCGGCCACAGCUCAGGUGGAGCCUUCGGUCACCUACACCAGCCUGGGCCAGGAGACCGAAGAGGAGCCCCACGUCCGUGUGGCCUAGGAUGAGGCCCUCCCCCACCCACUGAGCACAACUCAGUGGCCACGUGUUCGCCCAUCAUCUCUGUAUUGUACAUAGAGAAAGUAGACACCAGCAACAAGUUCAGCUUUUCAAUGCAUCACCCCACCCUCCUCCAUGAAUGAGACUAGCAGUUUGUAUAGCAUUUGAUUGGACAAGCAAACCACAGCUUUCCUGAACCCCACACAGAGACGAGUGGAGGUUCUCACUGCCUCAAUGGAAACUUGCACUGGGGACGGAGCUUGCCUUGGUCACGCCUUCUCACAUCUUCAAACUCUGAAAUUCACAACCGGGUAGGCCAAGCAGUAGAAAACUUCGCACCACUGUGUCCCAUGAAAAUGUUCCUAUGUUUAGUUUAGAUAUUGCUAACGUGUGCUAUUAACCUUUUGAGAAGCGUGUAGUAUUGUUUGUUUUGCGUUUGUUAUGAUUUAUAACCACUUAGUAGUCCCCAGCUAGCUACCAGUACAGACUUUACCCCAUGGGUAGGAUUCUAUUGUCAAGCCACAUAACAAAGCACACUAACCCAGACACUGCAAAUGGAAAAUAUGAACCAAAAAAAAAAAA